UUCACAUUCGAGCUCAUUCCUCAUGUCCGCACCUGUAGAAAAGGAGCAGACCAUCUUCACUCGUUCAUUAUAACGGUUUUCACCUCAGCAGAAGCUUCUACAGGAAUAACUUCUAUCCUGAACUGGCGUCUAGUCUGUUUUUCUUCAUUUCUGCUGCUGGUUUUUUGUGUGUUUUUUGUUGGUUUUGCACUACGUUCUGCUAGGAUUUACCUGACUGCAACAUGUUCUCCGUUCCUCACCUCUGCUCCUGCAUCCGAUAACCAACAAUCAGUCGUGAAGAAACCGAGGUACGGGAGCACAAAUCCAUUCAGAUCUGCGUAAUUUAAGAAAUUAUGAGUCAAAGGUGUGCUGUAGGAAUUUGAUUGCUUACUCCGGAGAUAAUAUCAGUCUUCCUAUCAACUGAUGGCUGGAUUCUUCCAGCAGUUACGACUCCUUCUCUGGAAAAAUGGCCUGGGGGUCAUCAGGCAGCCGGGCUGGUCUCUGGUUCUCCUCAUCUGGCCUGUAGUGAUCUUCAUCAUCUUAGCCAUCACUCGCUCACAAUUUCCUCCAGUACCUGAAAACACGUGCUAUGUGGCCCCGAGGAAUCUCCCGAGCACAGGGUUCUUCCCCUUCCUGCAGACUCUCAUGUGUAAUACUGACAGCUCCUGCUCCAGUAAUUCCUACCUCGAGGACUCCAAAUCAAAGAGCCUACGGCAGCGCAGGGACGUAAACACACACAGUUCCCCAUUUUUACUUCAUGGUUUACCCCCUUUACCGGACCUGGAAAAAUUUGGUUUGGCCCAUACGAUCAUGAAGAGAGACACAUCCAACGUGACACAGAUCCUACAGCAAUGGGAUACAUGGCUGAAUUCCAGCAUUCAGACCUCAUCGAACCUCACCUCCAUCUUGGAUGCCUUGAACAACACCGAGCAGGACGUCUUGAGCACCAUCCUGGACUCGACAGACUUACUGAAAACGAUAUUCUGCAAUAUCUCCAUGUCUGCGCUGUCCGAAUAUAGUCCAAUCACCUCAUCGUUGGAGCAUUUCUGCAUGUCCAGUGAUACGGCACUGGAAGUUUCCCUCUCAACGCUGAACCAGUUAAUGACACGGUUGGUGCUGCAAGAUCCAGUGAAAGUCAUCGAGGCAGUCGAGAUGUCCGUGGAAACGAUAAACAAGCUUCAGACACAAUCGCCGCUGUGGGACUUCCUGUUGGGGUUGCCAGAUGUCUUCCUGAAAUCCACAGAUCAGGAGAGGGUCAUGGCUAUAGCCGACAGACUGAUGGAACUGAAGGCCUGGAACUCAAUUCAGAGCAGCUCUCUGCAGGCUAACGCUUCAAUGGACAUGCUAAACCCCAUCCUCGAUGGAGGCAUCGAGCUCCUCAACUACCUCCAGACCUGGGAGGGCAGAAAUGUUAACAUCUCCCUGGUUGAUGUACUGGUGCCGUCCAACAUGUCUCUAAUUAGCCCUGACAUGGCCACACUGAUCCAAGACCUGCAGAUCCCUCUGGAUAAGGUGCUUGUAUUGUUCAACAGAAGCGCCUUCUCCGAGUCCGUGUGUACCAGCAGGUCUUUCUGUGACAGCCAGCAAGUUGACAUAAUGUAUGAAUGGAUAGACCAAGAGAAAGUUGCUCUGCAGGUGCUGUUGGCCUGGAGUCGGUCUGCAACUUCUCCAGCAGAUCUGGCCUUUGCUAAAGACACUCUGGGUAAAUUAUUUGGAGGCUAUUUCCAGGGCGGACCAAAUACAGACUUCGAGAACAGAGACAGCCAGCCAGAGACACUGCAGGAAAAACUAUUCCUAGGCGUCGGUAAUACAGUGAUGGGAUGGCUGAGUGGAACGCCAAACUGGGAUUACAUUCAAACUCUCUUGAUGGGAACUUAUUCCACCAUGCGGUUUGCCACGGCAGUAAUGGAGACACAGCUAGCAUAUGUCCAACCACUGCUGCACAAUCGAGAGAAUCUCCAGACCACCAUGUGGUCUCUCGUACAGAAUGAAACCGGAGUGGAUAACGAGGAACCUUGGUUGGACGUGGGGCAGAAGCUGAAUGAGGUAUCCAGUGUGUUUGACGGCACUUUGGUGUACAAUGUCACACCUGCUAUGAUCCUGACUGAAUGGCACAGGUUAUACAGCACUGCACUACAGUUCAGUGACUCCGUCAAGGAGGUUGUUGAGCUCGUCCAAGGAAAACUUUUCCGUCAAAUCCCACAUAACUCAACCGUCGACUGGUCCGAGAUUCUUCUAAACAGUGGUUUGGAGGAGUUUGCAAUGAUGGGGUCAGUACUUCAGAACAGCAGUCAGUGGUCAACCAUGGAGCCGUACUUCCAACUGGCAUACUGGAUCAUGACCUUCCAACCUAAUAUCACCGCACCACCAAACUGCACUUUUACUCCAAAUGAUACUAUCUGUAAUGUUGGAUUUACGUGGGAGGGAUUUAUUCCAGUGGUUGGAUCUCUACUCCAGGAAAUCAACGAGAAUCCAGCUGCACUUCUGAGACCUAUCCAGGGAGCAGAGUCCCUGCUGAAAGGCAUCAUGAUGGACACCUACAUGAAUCAUCUACAGGAGUUCCUGAGCAACACUGGUGGAUCAUCACAGAACCUCUCAUUGAGCCUCACUGAUAUGGUCAACCAGAAUCUACAGUUUCUCUUGAAUAUCUCACCCACUGAUGAGCGAGAUGAAGACAGCUUGCUUGCCAUGUUGAAUGGCACUUUGGAAUCCUUUGGCCUGGGACAGUUAGGGGUUCUCUGGUCAGGAGGCUUGAACUACAGUCAACCCAACUCUGUGGUUAUGAACAUCCUCCAUCUGUUGAGCCCAGAGUCUAUUCAGAUGCUUAAGAGUGACAGAAAGUUUGUAGUUCUGUGUGACAUCUUGCAUGAACUUGGAGAACUCUUGGCUCCUGAGAACCAGAUCCAAUUAGAACGUGUUCUCAACCAUACAAAUGCUCUGUUUGGAGAUUUGGCAUUGUGUGCAGCUAGUGGUCAAGACUGCCUGUCUAACGUUUCACAGCUUUUCCAGAUACUACCUUUGCUUGAUGAAAUGAUGGCAGCGGGAGAAGGUGGCAAUUUCACCAUGAUGCCCAUUGAGAGCAAUAUGACUUUUUCUGUUGCUGGUCAUAUUCUUUCCCUUCUCCUACCAUGGAACAUGUCCGAAUCUUCUGCAAAUACAAUGGACAAUGUCAGUAAGAUCAUCUAUCUCAUUGAGCAGUUGUCUGGCUCAUCCAAUCUCAGCAUGGAUGACAUUCAAGACAUGCUCCAAACCUUGAACCUCACCACAUUUGAUUUAGAACAGUUCACGCAUCUUUCAGAAGCGUCUUCCCUUCCUCUGUUACUUUCAAAGCUCAUGGAGCUCGUCAACAUCUCUCAAUGCCUGAACCCUCUGCUCCAGGACCCAGUAUCUCAUAUAGGUUCCACAAUACCAGAAUGCACCAUGCAGAUUAUUGAGGGGUUAAUUGGUUUCCUUCAGGCCAUACCCAUGUUGGAAGACAUCCAUACAGAUUCUACAUCCAUUCUUAAUAUGGUGUUUGAUAAGGCAAAGGAAUUGUUCAAUAUUUCUAGCCUAGAUACUGAUUUGAAUGGAGUGACAGAAGAAUUCUUGUCAGGGGGCUCGAACUAUACUCAACUCAACUCUGUGGUUAUGAACAUCCUCCAUCUGCUGAGCCCAGAGUCAAUUCAGAUGCUUCACAGUGAGCGACAGUUUGCAGUGUUGGAUGACAUCUUGCGUAAGCUUGGAGAACUCUUGGCUCCUGAGCAACUAAUCCAUUUAGAAGGUUUUCUCGAUCGCACAAAUGCUCUGUUUGGAGAUUUGGCAUUGUGUACAGCUAGUGGUCAAGACUGCCUGUCUAACGUUUCACAGCUUUUCCAGAUACUACCUUUGCUUGAUGAAAUGAUGGCAGCAGGAGAAGGUGGCAAUUUCACCAUGAUGCCCAUUGAGAGCAAUAUGACUUUUUCUGUUGCUGGUCAUAUUCUUUCCCUUCUCCUACCAUGGAACAUGUCCAAAUCUUCUGCAAAUACAAUGGACAAUGUCAGUAAGAUCAUCUAUCUCAUUGAGCAGUUGUCUGGCUCAUCCAAUCUCAGCAUGGAUGACAUUCAAGACAUGCUCCAAGCCUUGAACCUCACCACAUUUGAUUUAGAACAGUUCACACAUCUUUCAGAAGCGUCUUCCCUUCCUCUGCUACUUUCAAAGCUCAUGGAGCUCGUCAACAUCUCUCAAUGCCUGAACCCUCUGUUCCAGGACCCAGCAUCUCAUAUAGGUUCCACAAUACCAGAAUGCACCAUGCAGAUUAUUGAGGGGUUAAUUGGUUUCCUUCAGGCUAUACCCAUGUUGGAAGACAUCCAUACAGAUUCUACAUCCAUUCUUAAUAUGGUGUUUGAUAAGGCAAAGGAAUUGUUCAAUAUUUCUAGCCUAGAUACUGAUUUGAAUGGAGUGACAGAAGAAUUCUUGUCAGGGGGCUCGAACUAUACUCAACUCAACUCUGUGGUUAUGAACAUCCUCCAUCUGCUGAGCCCAGAGUCAAUUCAGAUGCUUCACAGUGAGCGACAGUUUGCAGUGUUGGAUGACAUCUUGCGUAAGCUUGGAGAACUCUUGGCUCCUGAGCAACUAAUCCAUUUAGAAGGUUUUCUCGAUCGCACAAAUGCUCUGUUUGGAGAUUUGGCAUUGUGUGCAGCUAGUGGUCAAGACUGCCUGUCUAACGUUUCACAGCUUUUCCAGAUACUACCUUUGCUUGAUGAAAUGAUGGCAGCAGGAGAAGGUGGCAAUUUCACCAUGAUGCCCAUUGAGAGCAAUAUGACUUUUUCUGUUGCUGGUCAUAUUCUUUCCCUUCUCCUACCAUGGAACAUGUCCGAAUCUUCUGCAAAUACAAUGGACAAUGUCAGUAAGAUCAUCUAUCUCAUUGAGCAGUUGUCUGGCUCAUCCAAUCUCAGCAUGGAUGACAUUCAAGACAUGCUCCAAGCCUUGAACCUCACCACAUUUGAUUUAGAACAGUUCACACAUCUUUCAGAAGCGUCUUCCCUUCCUCUGCUACUUUCAAAGCUCAUGGAGCUCGUCAACAUCUCUCAAUGCCUGAACCCUCUGUUCCAGGACCCAGCAUCUCAUAUAGGUUCCACAAUACCAGAAUGCACCAUGCAGAUUAUUGAGGGGUUAAUUGGUUUCCUUCAGGCCAUACCCAUGUUGGAAGACAUCCAUACAGAUUCUACAUCCAUUCUUAAUAUAGUGUUUGAUGAGGCAAAGGAGUUAAUGAGCAUUUCUAGCCUAGAGACUGAUCUGCCUGGAGUGACAGAAGAACUCUUGUCAAAGGCUUUGAACUAUACCCAACUCAACUCUGUGGUUAUGAACAUCCUCCAUCUGCUGAGCCCAGAGUCAAUUCAGAUGCUUCACAGUGAGCGACAGUUUGCAGUGUUGGAUGACAUCUUGCGUAAACUUGGAGAACUCUUGGCUCCUGAGCAACAAAUCCAUUUAGAAGGUUUUCUCAAUUGCACACAUGCUCUGUUUGGAGAUUUGGCAUUGUGUGCAGCUAGUGGUCAAGACUGCCUGUCUAAUGUUUCACAGCUUUUCCAGAUACUACCUUUGCUUGAUGAAAUGAUGGCAGCGGGAGAAGGUGGCAAUUUCACCACGAUGCCCAUUGAGAGCAAUAUGACUUUUUCUGUUGCUGGUCAUAUUCUUUCCCUUCUCCUACCACGGAACAUGUCAGAAUCUUCUGCAUAUAUGAUGGACAAUGUCAGUAAUAUGAUCUAUCUUCUUGAGCAGUUGUCUGGCUCAACCAAUCUCAGCAUGGAUGACAUUCAAGACAUGCUCCAAACCUUGAACCUCACCACAUUUGAUUUAGAACAGUUCACACAUCUUUCAGAAGUGUCUUCCCUUCCUCUGCUACUUUCAAAGCUCAUGGAGCUCGUCAACAUCUCUCAAUGCCUGAACCCUCUGCUCCAGGACCCAGUAUCUCAUAUAGGUUCCACAAUACCAGAAUGCACCAUGCAGAUUAGUGAGGGGUUAAUUGGUUUCCUUCAGGCCAUACCCAUGUUUGAAGGCUUCCAGACAAGCCUUACAUCCACUUUAAAUAUGGUGUAUGAUGAAGCAAUGAAGCUUAGGAACAUUUCUAGCCUAGAGUCUGAUCCACUUGCAACGACAGAUGAAGUCUUAGAAGUAAUUCUGGACAGUAUCAGACUGAACCUUGAAAAUCUCAAUGUGGAAAAUGUGACCUUGAUAAAAAUGGAGCUUGAUACACUGGAGGCCCUUUUAAAGAUGGUAUUUGAUGAUGAAUACCGCUACCCUUACUACAUGAUCAAUUCUACACUGAUGACACAGCAGUCCUAUGCUCAGAAGAUGUAUACUGAAAUCAUCAUGUGGUACCUACAUAACCUGGAGAAUGCCACAAGUGACAGCAUGUUCAGAGAGAUUCUAUACUCAUUUAUUCACAUGACAGAAAUGAUGGCCACAAUCAAUACUGCUCAAUCAAAUUUCUCCACACUGGUGUCCAAUCAGAUCCAGGACUUAACUGGCCACAUCCAAACUCCCCUAAAUGACGAAGGUCUGAACCUAAUCAAUAAUGCAAUAGUAUCUCUAAUGCAAGGCGAACUACAGUUGAUAAAGCUGAACCUCGAUCUUCAGCAGACCUUUUAUGAUUCCUUGGGUUUGCAGACUAACACGACUUUGCCUGCUGGUAUUGAAGCUGAGAUCCAAAACUACUUCAACUUGAUGCAAAGUUGGAUCACAAACCCACAAAUUACACUUGCAUUCAGCAAAAUAUUCCAGUGGAACAAUAAUUUGACUGAUUUCACCACUCCAGCUAUGGACCUUGAACAGCUGAUUCAGGCCUUGGCUCCACUGCUUUCACCAGAGGAGCAGGUCUAUAUCAACAAAGCUGAGCAAAUCUUACAGUCUCUGAACUACACCUUGCAGCUGGGCCAGACAGACACUGGUCUCCAGAGUGAAAACUUCACUGAAGCCAUCAUGGAUUCUGUAAGAGUGAUCUUGGAGAAUAUGUUCAAUUACACUGAUACAACCUACACAGAUGAUAAUAUUGUUAAUGUUCUCUACAACUCACUUCAACUGCUGCUGAGCCCUAAUAUCACCUAUUCUCAAGUUCAAGAGCUCAUGAUAGAAGUUGCACAUAAGACUGAAAGCUUUAUCAGUGCCAUUGCUCCAGAUUCUGCUGAAGUGUUGACUCCUAGCAUCCAGAGCCUCAUAUCAUAUAUGAACACACUGUCGAACCCAGGUCAACCUACCCAGUGGAAUGAAGUCAUUGUGGCGAUGAUGGAGGAAAUCCAGAAUUCUUUGCCUUCCAACAGCACAGCCAACACCUACAUUUCCUCCAUACUGAACAUCACAGACUAUAUUCUAAACCCCAAGCAAGAAAACACGAGUUUGUGGGCCAGCAUUGCAGACCUAAAUCUCAACAACCUCGAUAACGUUACACAACAGCUUGCCGGUCUCCGUGAUUUAAUUCUCCCAUUCCUCAUGGACAACCAGGAAAUGGGUUUAACCCCUGAAUCUGCUCAGACUCUAACUGAGUACGUCCCAAUACUCGUCCAGAUCUUCUCAGGGACACCUGACCAGCUCACGUUCCAGAGGCUCCAACAUAUGACGACUGCUCUCCUGUCAAACCUGAUGGCCACGCCCGCACGGGACACUCUGCCUUUCACGCUAGACGUCAUCAGGAAUGUCACGGCAUCCAUGGUGCAAAGCGUGCAAGCUCAAAGCGAGCUCUUCUCCAGUCUCUCGGGUAUGUUGUCGGAUGUUUUUGCGCUCGUGAACGCCAGCGAUGUCCCUCACAUGACUGACACACUGCUUUACGCUUUCCAGUCCACUGUAGAAGCGACCCAACAGGCUCCUGUGAGCAGUGAAAUGCUGAAUUGCACAGCAGUGGGUGAUCUCUGGGAACAGGUCGCUGAGGCAGCAAAUCUGAACAGCAGUGUGUUUACAGUCUGGUGUAACAAUCGUCUCGUUCCACUACUCGACAUUUACGACACCUCCAAUUAUCAGCCAGCAGUCCACAAUAUAACAGGUACGGAUCCUCAGUGGGUGGAUGCCAUAGUUGCGGAGAUUGUGGGCUCUCUGGAGGCGUUUUACUCAGCCGGUCUUAAUGAGUCUCUGAGCAUGCAGCAUCUGUCACAAGGCCUGGUGGAGCACUUCAACCUGUCUCUCUCAGCAGAGGGAAAUCUAUCUGACUGGAGCGACCUGCUCUCGCAGCUACAGAGUCAAUCCUUUGCUCAAAUGGCCUUGGAGAGUGCUACGCUGCAGCUGAAUAAAUUAGACUGGAAUCCAUACAUCCUAGCAGUGCAGAAAGCCAUCGAAUACACCCAGGGGGGUCAGAAUGUAACAGCGAGCCCUGAGAUGGUCAUACACGCCCUGGACGUGGCGCUCACUGCAAUGAACUUCAGUAGUGAACAAAUAGAUCGUUUCCUGAGUAGUGACAUAUUGACCAUGCCUAAUAGCUUGUCCACUGACAUGCUCAUAAUGGAGGUGAUAAGUAAAAUCAUUGAUAUGAGACUGCUUGGAAACUGGCCCUUAGUGUAUGACGUAAUGGAGCAACUGCUAUAUGUAGAGAACACCAGCAACAUCUUGAGGGCGGUGAGUGAACUGGUCACCUGGUACAACACUACUGAAGACACUGGAUUGUAUUUUGGCAUAGAGAUGCUUACCAAGUUGUAUGAGAUGCUAACACCAUUAGUGCCAGCUUCAAGCCCGCUACCAUGCUACUCCGACCUCUUUAUUGGGCUUGCCGGCAAUGCUUUGUAUGCACUGCAACAUAUUGCUGGCACCACCAACCUGCUCACCCCCAUCAAUGACUAUCUCAAGCCAAUCCAAAUGAAACUUGCUCUGGGAGACAAUCUAAGAGAUCUUGUGUCAGCGACCCAAAACGGCAGAAGACCGGUGCUAAAUCUAACAAGAGAACCAGUGGAUGACUUUCUCGACCUCCUGGAGAUCAACUACCAAACUUUAUAUCAGAUUCUUUCCAUCCCACUCAGCUCUCAGGAAAUGUUGGAGACCAUGCAUGUUUUCUUCGCAAACCCAGAUCUGGGCAUCUUCCUCAAGGGUGUAUCCAGGGACAUGACAGGAAGCUCGUUUGAAGACGAAACUAUUGACAAAAUCCUUGGUACACUAGCCUCUUUGACACUUCCAAGCAAUGGGCAAACGUUUAUAGAGAUGAUCACGCAGACCAUCAGUCAAGCCUGGAGUCUGAAUGAUAUGCAGCUGGUAGAAAGCUUGGGUGGAAUGGUUGGAAUGGUGAGGAUGCUUUCCCAGCAGUCAUCUUUGAGUAUAGCUCAGAGGAUUGAACAGAUGGCUAAUCAGCUCAAUUCUGCAGCAUCAUAUACCGUAGCGCACCAAGGAAAUCGUAGUGAAAUCCUCACAGCCAUCAACAAUAUUCUGUCACAAAAUUUGCAGCAGAUGUCAAACACCAGCUUUGAGGACCAAUCCGUCCUUCAAAACAUAAUGAGCUCUGUAUCCUUAAUGUCUGAGUCACAGAUCGACUUUGGAUCCUACAUGAUGCUGAUAAACCAAACUACCGAAGCCUUUGCCUCCCUUGUACCUCCUGAGGAAAUGGUGUAUUUAAACAUUUCAGCACGGAUGAUGGAAGCUUUCGCAUUGCUCAUGUCGUCUCCAACAGAUCUAGAGAAAGUGGUGACGUCAAGUCACGAGAUUGCUGAUUCAUUGGGUCUCAGUUUUGCCCUUACGGGUAUGACCACUCUUCCAAAUGGUCAGCCCACUGAGGACACUGCAUACCCUUUCAUUCUAAACAGUGUCUUGGCAACUGAAAUCUUGUUCAAUCUCUCUGCUUCAAACUACACCUUUGAAAGUGAUUCAGAACGUAGCAUGAUAUUGAACCAGAUGACGUCAAGUCUCCCAAUGGAAGUGCAAGCUGACCUCCAUCCUCUCAUGUCUGCUCUCAUUUCAGCUCUUUCAGAUGUCUCAAACACAGCCCAAAUCAGACCAGCUUUCUUUCAAAUCUCCCAGAAUGCGACCAUGUUACUUCUGGAAUACCUAAAUCUAACAGGAGAUCCCACGUCCAUGAGAAUGUAUUCUGUCCUGUCCACUGUUUCAGAUGAGGUAUCCGCUAGUCUCGGUGAGGGCCUAAUGGGAAAUUCUUCCUCCGUCCAGCUCCCAUACGUGCUCGAGUCUUUACGAGCAAUCAUAUCUUCAUUGUCAUUAGAACUACCUGUGGAGGAGCAGCAAUACCCUGAUGCCGUUUUCAACUUCAUGGAGACUGUGGCCCUGGCUCUGAACCACACCAUCACCACAGGGGACGUAGCAGAUGGAAUGAAUAUGCUUUCCAGCUCUGUCCAGCACCUCCUGGUGAUGAUGCCAAACAACAACAUGGAUACGUCAAGUGGCAUCACGAGUGAACUGGAAAAUACUGUCAAGAUGCUGCUGAUGACUCUGUCGUCAGGUCAAGACCCUCUAACUAAGAGCGCUAACACGACCGAUGAGAUCCUGACCACCAUUCAGUAUCUGCUUGCCAUGGCUAACAGCAGCUCUGAGAUAGAUCUAGUGACUGCGAUCGUGGGGGCCGUCAGGAUGAACAUCGGGUCUCUGCUGGCAGCAAAAGACAAUAACUGGGCUCAGAAAUUGCAAAUGGUGCUGUCAUCCAUCUCCAACAUCCUUCCAGCUGACCUUCAAUUCGGUCCAUUCAACAGAACCAUCUUUGAAAGUUUGGCCAAUGAGCCCCCAGAAAAUCUGAAUAUCCUUCUUCAGACAGCAAGCACAGUUUCUGAACUUUUCUCAACCAACUGGAUGAACGACAGCUUUGGAGAGCUACUGAACCAAAUGCAGAUGCAGGUGUGCAGUUUGGAGAACAUGGAGUCUGUUCAGCUGCUCAGUCAGGUUCUUUCUCUCAGUCCGGGCAUGCUGUGUGACACGGCUCUGCCCAGCAUUCACGCUCUUCACGUUCUCGCCACCAACAUGGUGAACCAGAGCACCGGCGUGUACGACCUGCUCUACCAGCACUUAGUCGGGGACCCCAGCACUUACGACCUCAAAGUGAACUGGACUGCCAUCCUCUCCGACCUGCUCGGCAUCGACAUCAACUCUUUGCCAGGAUUCAACAUCAACCAGACCACCCCAAGUGAACUGAAGGUGUCUGACCUUUUGAACAACAAGGCCCUGUUUGUAUCUGAUGUCACCCGGUACACCAGCAUUCCUCCUCAAGUCCUAAACACUCUGCUGGAGUCGUCCCUGCCCCAGAGCAACCUGCAGAUCUUGUCUCAGCUGGCGAAUCUGCAGCGCUGUGCGGAUCUCUCGUCCCUGCAGCUCGACCCGGUGUCGUUGCUGAUCUUCAGUUCUCUCUGCUCGCUGCCGGUUCAGGAGUGGUACAGCCUGGCGGUCCUCUCAGCUCAGCACGUCAACAUGGACAACGUCAUGUACAAGCUGAUGCUGUCCAGUGAAAUCCAUGGUCUGUUUAACGCCCUCGUGCGGAUGGUGGAAUUCUUCAUGGACAUGAUGAGUAAGCUGUCUCCCACUCUCAACCGGCUGCAGGGGUAUUUAACCUCCAUCAAAGACAUGAACCUGAUGUCCAACUCGGAGUUCAGAAAUUUGGUGAGAGGGAAACGCUCGACCAUCUCCAGCAGGGCUACGUUCAACACCAUCUCCAGAGCCCUGUGUCAAAGCGGCAUGAUAUCGCUCUUCGGAAUCUCGCAGCUUCCCAGCACGAGUGAAAGUAAUCCGUCUCUCCAGGACGAGCAAACAGUGGAGGAGCUCAUGACCAAGUUCAAAAUCCCAAAAGAUGCCACUCCAUUCUGUAAAAACUUCUACCUGGACAUGGUGAGCACCACAGGUGGCGCUGUAGCCUGGGCCUUCCUCAAGCCCAUGCUCCUGGGACAAGUGCUGUAUUACCCUGACACACCACUCACCCAAACCAUCAUCAAGCAGGCGAACUCCACGCUGCAGCAGUUCGGCGACCUGCGCGUCUAUGCUGACGAGUGGAUACGUUCCUCGUCCUAUCUCGCGCAGUCAGUACAGCUCCUGAAUAAAACACUGCCCAUGCUGAAGAAUUCCCUGAGCAAUCCUUUCAUCCAGAACUUCAUAAAGAAGCAGAUCGACAUCGACAUCGUACAGAUGGAAGAAACUCUCAACGCUUUCGCGAACAUGACUCAGAUGUUGGAGAACAACAAGUUCAUCCUGCAGCAGAUCACCAUGCUGUCCAACCUCAUGAUGAACCUCUCUUCCUGCGUCAACUUCAACCGCUACCGCACCUUCAACUCCAUCGAGGAGCUCGAGAAACAGGCUGAGAAACUGGGCCAAAACCGUGAACUCUACGCUAGUGUCAUUUUCAAGCUUCCCACAGGACAGAACUCGUCCUCUACCCUUCCCCCUAAAGUGGACUACACUAUCCGCAUGCACAUCGACAACUCCAUGAGAACCGACCGAACCCGCAACCCAUUGUGGGUUAGGGCUGCCUACAUCUCUUCAGUCCUAACGCAGCGCUACAACCGUGGCUUCAUCUACCUGCAGGAGAGCAUCGAGCGGGCCAUCAUCGGCAUGCAGACCGGAAACGCGGUGCAGGAGCCGCCCGUGCAGAUCCAGGCCUUCCCCUACCCCUGCUUCUACAAGGACGAUUACCUCAACAGCAUCGCCUUCGCCUUCCCGCUCGUCCUGAUGAUCAGCUGGGUGCUCUUCGUCGCUAACUUCGUCAAGAAGCUCGUCCACGAGAGAGAGCUCCGUCUGCAUGAGUACAUGAAGAUGAUGGGCGUGAAUCCGUUCAGUCAUUUCCUGGCCUGGUUCAUCGAGAGCGCCGCGUUCCUCUUGGUCACUGUUAUCAUCCUGACCAUCAUCCUGAAAUCCGGCGGGGUUCUCCCCAAGAGCGACGCCUUCGUAGUCUUCCUCUACCUGUGCGACUACGCCCUGAGCAUCAUGGCCAUCAGCUUCCUCGUCAGCUCGUUCUUCGACAAGACCAACAUCGCCGGGCUGAGCGGCAGUCUCAUCUACGUCAUCUGCUUCUUCCCUUUCAUCGUGGUCAUGUGCCUGGAGGACACCCUCUCCUUCUUCGCCAAGGGCAUGCUGAGCCUGUUUUCUCCAACAUGCUUCAGUUACGCCAGUCAAUACAUCACCCGCUACGAGAAACAGGAAGAAGGUAUCCAGUGGAACAACAUGUACCUUUCUCCCGUGGCCGGAGACACCGGGUCGUUCGGGUCGCUCUGCUGGCUCCUCCUCGUCGACUCGGUUAUCUACUUCCUGAUCGGUGCCUACAUCCGCACGGUCUUCCCAGGGAAGUACGGCAUCGCGGCUCCGUGGUACUUCCCCGUGACGCCGUCGUUCUGGGCCGACAUGUUCGGCUGCAACAGAAGAAAGCAGAAGAAAGCAGGCAGAGGACUCCUCUUCUCCAACAUGAUGCAGGAGAGCCAGGGGAACGGCAAAGACAAAAGCAAAGGUACGAGUGAUUUACACCCUCACGGUGACGAUGAGUUCCCGGAGCUGCCGAUUGGCGUUUCGCUGCGAGGCCUUACGAAGACCUACGGCGACAGGAAAGCCAUCGAUAACCUGAACCUGAUGUUCUACGAGGGUCACGUGACCGCACUGCUCGGGCACAACGGAGCUGGGAAAACCACCACCAUGUCCCUCCUGACCGGCUUGUUCGCUCCCUCCUCCGGUUCGAUCGAGGUUUACGGGAAAGACUUGCAGACUUCUUCGAAGGACGUGCGUAAAGAGCUGGGAGUGUGCAUGCAGUAUGACGUCCACUUCGACCACCUGACCACCGAGGAGCACCUGCUGCUGUACGGCCACAUCAAAGCCCCCCACUGGAGCAAGCAGGAACUGCAGGAGCAAGUGCGCAAGACUCUGGAGGAGACUGGGAUGUACGCUCACCGUCACAAGCGGGUGGGUACGCUGUCCGGUGGCAUGAAGAGGAAGCUCUCCAUCUCCAUCGCUUUCAUCGGCGGGUCUCGGCUGGUGGUCCUGGACGAGCCCACCACCGGCGUGGACCCCUGCUCACGCCGCAGCAUCUGGGACAUCGUCCUCAAACAUAAGAGCGAUCGUACCAUCAUCCUCUCCACCCAUCACCUGGACGAAGCGGAGGUCCUCAGUGACCGCAUCGCGUUCCUGGAGCGCGGAGGCCUGAAAUGCUGCGGAUCCCCGUUGUACCUGAAGGACAAGCUGGCCCGUGGAUACAAGCUCACUCUCACCAAGAAGGUCCUGCCUCCUGACUCAGACGACAAGUUUGACAUUGAGAUGGUGAAAUCGUUCGUCCAUUCUCACAUGCCCGAGGCUCAGCUGAAGAAGGGAGAGGUGGGAGAUAUCGUCUACUCUCUUCCUGUCUACAGUUCCCACAAUUCAUCUGCCUACCGCUCACUGCUCAGUGGCUUGGACCACAACCUGGAGGCUCUACAGCUGGGCUGCUACGGCAUCUCCGACACCACGCUGGAGGAGGUUUUCCUGCAGUUGACGAAAGAUUGUGCGGCGCAAGAGGACGAGGAGGAUCGCCCGUACACGGUGUCGAACUCAGAGCUGGACACGGGCGCUUCCCAAGACAGCCUGAGCGACGACCUGAACUCCAGCAUGUACUUCGGAGAGAGAGCCAGUCUCACAGGGAACUCCACGGUGAGUGGUUUGGCGCUGAAGGGUCAGCAGGUGAUGGCCAUGCUCCUCAAACGUGUUCAUCACACCAGAAGGAACUGGAAGGGUCUGAUCUCUCAGGUUCUCCUCCCGGUGCUGUUCGUCCUCGCCGCCAUGGGCCUUGGCUCCAUCAAGAGCGACCUGUGGUACUUCCCCGAGAUGGAGCUAACGCCCGCCAUGUACGACUCUGGGAAACAGUACGCCUUCUUCAGUAACCAGAACUCCAGCUCCAGUUACCUGGUAGACUCCAUGAUGUCAUAUCCUGGUAUAGAUCACUACUGUAUGGAUAAACCUGACAACCCGGCGUGUCGGAAGAAAGACGCGUCCAUAUCGGAUCAGUGGACCUCUGGAGGAAAUCCCACAUCCGUGUUUGAGAUUUGUAAAUGCGGGAACUUUUCACAAACGUGUCCGGAGCCCGGCUACGAACCGCCUCAUAAGACCAACCCCUCGUCUCAAAUCGUCUACAACCUGAGCGACAUCGACGUCGAGAGUUACCUCCUGGCCACCGCUAACGACUUCAUCCGAAACAGGUAUGGAGGCUGGUCCUUUGGGAAUCCCCUUCCCAGCAGUCUCCAAAUGGACAUUUUGGAGGUGCCCAAGAACAGGACGUUAACAAAGGUGUGGUAUAACCCUGAAGGCCAUCACACGAUGCCGGCCUACCUCAACAGCCUCAACAACUUCAUCCUGCGCGCCAAAAUCCCAGCAAGCAAGCAGCCACAGCAGUACGCAAUCUCCGUGUCCAGCCACCCCUACCCUGGCCAAGUGGAAGAAGAGGAUGCCAUCGUUCGCAACUUGGUCAACCUUCUGGUGGCGAUGUGCGUCCUCACCGGGUUCUCCAUCAUGACAGCCAGUUUCGUCAUCUACGAGGUUCAGGAGCAUCACACCGGCUCUAAGAGGCUGCAGCACAUAUCAGGAAUCAGCGAACCUUUCUACUGGACCGUCAACUUCUUCUACGACAUGGCCCUGUACAUGAUUCCUGUGAUUCUCUCCAUCAUCACGAUCGCAGCGUUCCAGCUUCCUGCCUUCACUGACAGAUUCAACCUGGGGGCCGUCUCGCUGCUCCUCAUACUCUUCGGAUUUGCCAGCUUCCCCUGGAUGUACCUGGUGUCGACCGUGUUCAAAGACACAGAGAUGGCCUUCAUCUGCUACGUCUGCAUCAACCUCUUCAUCAGCAUGAACACCAUCAUCUCCACGGCCAUCGUGUACUUCCUGGGACAAACUAAACACAACAUGGAGAACAUCCAGGCGGUGUACCACACCCUCAGCAAAGUGUUCCUGGUGUUCCCUCAGUUCAGUUUUGGGAACGGGUUGAUGGAGCUGGCUCGGGUGGACCUGCAGGUCCAGAUCCUGAGCACGUACGGAGUGGACGCCUAUAAGAACCCGUUCAGCAUGGACGUCCUGGGGUGGAUGUUCAUCUCGCUGUUCCUGCAGGGGUUCAUUUGCUUCACUCUGCGGCUGCUGAUGAACAAGUGGCUCCUCCGCAAAGUCAGGCGGUUGUGGACACGCCGACCGCGGGUGCCUCAGACAGGAAGUCGGGGCGAGGACGUGGACAAGGACGUGUUGGCUGAGCGUCAGCGUGUGGACAGCGGAGUCGCCGGGUCUGACCUGCUGCAGGUCAGUCAGCUCACCAAGAUCUACCAACAUCUGAACCACCGAGUGCAGGCCGUCACCAACCUGUCCUUCGGAAUACCGGCGGGAGAGUGCUUUGGAUUGCUGGGAGUCAACGGAGCAGGAAAGACCACCACGUUUAAGAUGCUAACCGGAGACAUCAGUCCGACACACGGCUUGGCACAAGUGCUCGACCGGGACGGGAGGACGGUGGACAUCAUGGACUGCAGGACGGAGGGCAUAAACAUCGGCUACUGCCCGCAGGUGGACGCUCUGGAUGACCUGCUGACGGGAGAAGAGCACCUAUACUUCUACGCUCGCAUCAGGGGCAUCUGUAAGAGAGAUAUCGAUCAGGUGGUGAACUAUCUCCUGAAGAAACUGGAGCUGAACUACCACAGGCACAUCAUCAGCGAACGCUACAGCUGUGGAACACGCCGUAAACUCUCUACAGCCCUGGCUCUGAUUGGACAGCCACAGAUCCUGCUCUUGGACGAGCCCAGCUCAGGAAUGGACCCGCGCUCCAAACGCCACCUCUGGAAGAUCAUCUCUGAUGAAGUGAUGGGAAAAUGCGCCGUGGUUCUCACAUCACACAGCAUGGAGGAGUGUGAGGCUCUGUGCACUCGGCUUGCCAUCAUGGUUCAAGGCCAGUUCAGAUGUUUGGGCUCCUUACAGCACAUCAAGAACAGGUUCGGCAGCGGCUUCACGGUGAAGAUGUACCUGACCUCAUCAUCCUGCGACAUGGACGGCAUCACCACGUUCAUGCAGGAGCACUUCCCCAGCACUUACCUGAAGGACCAUCACUCGGCUAUGGUGGUGUACCACGUUCCUGUAGCUCCCGGGGGCGUGGCUGACAUUUUUGACCAGCUGGAAUCCAAUAAGGCGGCGCUGCAGAUCAAGCACUUUUCCGUCAGUCAGACCACACUGGAUGAGGUCUUCAUUAACUUCGCUAUGGGAAAGGUCGGCCAAGACGCACAGGGCGACGGCGAGGCCUCCGAUGUGGACAGUCCUGACGGUGAAAUGCAGUGAAAUGAAACA